ACUAAACCCUAAAAACCUUCACGCCUUUUUUAUUUGGGAUCUUUUUAUUUUUUGUUUCUUCUUCUUUUAAUCAAAGCUUCACCGCCGUGUUCUGUUUCCUCUGCGCCGCCUUCUCUAAUCUCAAGCUCGCACCUCUCAGGUAAUAAGGAGGACGCUAGAUGAAGCUCAAUUCAGAGGAUAACAUUCUCAUGGAGAAGGUUUUGCCUCCUGAUGAGCAGGAGAUUGAUGUUGAGUUGGAGGCUAAAGAAAAGAAAUAUCUUAGAGGAGGAGCUGUUAAUCUAGAGUCAUUGAAAGAUAAAAAACUAAAGACAAAGGUUGCUUCACGAGAAAAGUUUUUUGGAAAAUCUGCAAAAACUGCUGCCAAAAUCGAGAAAUGGCUCUUGCCGAAUAAGGGAGGGGGCUUGGAGACUGAUGGUCUAGAGAAGACAUGGCAUAUUGAUCAGCUAAAAAUUUCCAAAGAAGUGGAUAUAUUAAGCUCAAGAAAACUAUAUGACGUAGUGCUCCCAGAUCUUGGCCCUUACAAACUUGAUUUUUCUGCAAGUGGUCGGCAUAUGGUACUUGGGGGUCGCAAAGGCCACAUUGCUCUUCUAGACAUGAUGGAUCUUAAGUUAAUUAAAGAGAUCCAGGUAAGAGAAACAGUACGUGAUGUUGCAUUCCUUCACAAUGACCAAUUGUUUGCAGCUGCCCAGAAGAAGUAUGCUUAUAUUUAUGGGAGAGAUGGAACUGAGGUGCAUUGUCUAAAGGAACGUGGUCCAGUGGCCAGACUUCGGUUCCUAAAGAACCAUUUGCUGCUUGCGUCAGUAAACAAAAUUGGGCAGCUACAUUAUCAAGACUUAACCCAUGGUGAGAUGGUGGCUAGUUUUCGAACAGGUAAAGGCCGAACAGAUGUAAUGGAAGUGAAUCCUUACAAUGGUGUUGUUGCCUUGGGACAUUCUGGUGGAACCGUCACAAUGUGGAAACCCACAAGCCAAGUACCUCUAGUCCAGUUGCACUGUCACCCUGGGCCAGUCUCAUCUGUCGCGUUUCAUCCAAAUGGCCAUCUCAUGGCUACAUCGGGUAAAGAGCGCAAAGUCAAGAUCUGGGAUUUGCGUAAAUUCGGGGAAGUUAAGACCAUUGACGGUUUCCACGCCAAAACGCUGAGUUUCAGUCAGAAAGGUUUGCUAGCAGCUGGAACUGGAUCUUUUGUUCAGGUUUUGAGUGAUUCGAGUGGUGACUCUUCACAUAAGUAUACUAGAUACAUGAACCACUCGAUGGUGAAAGGUUACCAGAUUGAGAAGCUUAUGUUCAGGCCAUACGAGGAUGUUCUCGGGAUUGGUCACUCGAUGGGUUGGUCUAGCAUUCUGAUUCCAGGGUCUGGAGAACCCAAUUUCGAUUCAUGGGUGGCUAAUCCGUUUGAAACAUCGAAACAGAGACGGGAGAAGGAAGUCCAUAUGCUUCUUGAUAAACUUCCACCUGAGACAAUCAUGCUCGAUCCUUCGCAGAUUGGUGCGAUGAGGCCAUCGAGGAGGAAAGAGAAGCCAACAAGAGGAGAGAUAGAAGCUGAGAAAGAGGUGGCCAUAGAAGCGGCAAAGAGCAUUGAGCUGAAGAACAAGACCAAAGGAAGGAACAAACCAAGCAAGAGGACCAAGAAGAAGAAAGAGAUGGUGGAGAACGCGAAGCGAACAUUCCCGGAGCAAGAGCACAACAAGGCAGUUAAGAAGAGAAGAAUCGGUGAAGAUGCUGCGGCAGAGCUACCCACAAGUUUGAAAAGGUUUGCCCGAAAAAAAUGAAUUGUGAUGUCUGAAGAUUUGAAUUCUAUCUUGAUUUUGUUUCCCUCUUUUCUCCUAAUAAUAAUGGUUCUGUAGUAGGAGAAACUAGAACUUUCACGAUUUUGCAAAAAGAAGAAGAAAAAAAAUCCAAGUUCCAUU